CCAAGUGUGUGUGUGAGAAAGAGAAGCGGGACAAGAAGAGGAGAAAGAGAGGGGGGGUCUAGAACUAGAACCGUUUUUUUAGGAGAUCUGUGAUCUUGGCAGACCUGAAGGCGAGCUGUGUGAAAGGGGUAGUGGAGUGGAGGAGAGGAGAGGAGGGCGGCAGGCUGACCACACUGGUCUACCUCUUCCUGAAAGCAACGCCACUCAGAGACAGGAAGUAAAGACACACAGAAAGAGGGGAGGGGAAAAGAAAGAGUCAGAGAGAGAGAAUACUUUUCCUGUCACCUAACUUUUUGAAAACUGUGGAACUAGAGUGUGAAAAAUAAAGAUAGAGAGGAACACAGUGUGAGAUAGAAAAAGGAGAUUGAGAACAGAUCCAAGGACAUGGAGGAGUUCUCAGGCUACCAACAUGGAUUGUUCCAGUGGAGUUGUGUGUGACUGACGGAGGGGGUUGCUUUGAAGACGGACUUUAGGAAAGAGUUUGGAGUCUGAACGACAGAAUGAUGAAAACAGCUGUUCUCUCUCAGGAGACCGGAGCAUCUACUGGGGUGAAUGCUGAGCCUCGCUCCCCACCUAGACCCCUCCUCACCCCUACCUUAUCUUCAGGAUCAACAGCACUAUUCCCUCCUCCCAGACCUGCUCUCUCCCCAGGACCACCCCUGAUGGCUCCUCCGACUCUCCACUCCAAACCCUCCCCUCACCCUGACCCAACUCCCUCACCUCCACCUGUCUACCUGGACUCCUUCUCCCUCCUCCCUUCACCCCUCAUACCCUUCUCACCCUCCUCACCCACACCGCCCCUUCAUUCAGCUUCUGAACCACUCCCUUCUCAAAUUGACUUGGCCAUUGAUGCCACUGACACAACUGAUGUCCCCGAUGCAGCUGUCCCUAAGGAAUGUAUUCCCCCUUUAUCCAGACCCCUAGUCCUCGAUGUCCCGGACAUCUCUACUUCCACCCUUGUCACAUCACUACCCCCUCAAGUCUUAGAGACCUCAACUCCUCCACUCCCCACACCCCAGGUACCUGAUGUUCCAGAGACAUCUACUCCUCCCCUCCCCACACCAGUACCCCCUCAAGUCUCAGAGCCCUCUACACUCCCCCUUCCUGACAUCCUGGAUGUCUCUGCUCCUCCCCUCCCCUUACAUAUGUCCUCUUCAGUCCCAGAGCUUUCCUCUUCAGAACUAACCCUACCAGCACCUUCAUCUCAGCCAGUCCCAAAGCCCUCAUCUAUGCUCAUCUCUUCUCCCACUGUAACUCCCAUCUCAAAACCCUCCUCGCUUCCUAUCUCUUCUCCCCACGUACCCCCUAUAGCAAAACCCCCUCUGUCCACUCCCCCCAUUCCUCCUCUCUCAAAACCCUCCGUACCGCCGUCUCCCCGUGUUCCUCCUUUCUCAAAGAUCUCCUCACCCCCUCUUCCUAGACCCUCAGCACCUCGAAAACUCUCUGGUCCACCCCAGCCGAGACCCCCCGUACCUCACCCUCACUCGAUAGCCAAACCCUCCUCUCCAGCUCUCCCCAGACCCCCACUUCCAUCCAUGAAGUCCUCCUCUCCCCCUCUACCCUCCCCACUAGUCCCUCUAGCUCCCAAGCCCGCCCCAGCUUCGGCCUCAUCGCCAGCCCCAUCUCCAACCCAAGCCACAGCCCCACGUGCCAGCAUCAGUAUCCUGGAGAAACUGAUCAAAACUUGCCCGGUGUGGUUGCAGCUGGGUAUGGCCCAGGAGAGGACCACACUCAUACUGAAGAAAGAAAUCCCUGGGAUAUUUUUAGUGCGUAAAAGCCCCGACCAGAAAUCCAUGGUGCUGUCAGUAGGUGUAUCUGACAAGCAGGAGGAGCUUCAGGUCCAGGACGUUCUGAUUAAGGAGGAGAAGUCACUGAUAUACCUGGAAGGGUCUGUUUUGGUCUUUGACAACAUCUUCAAACUCAUCGCCUUCUACUGUGUCAGCCGGGAUAUUCUACCCUUCACCCUGAGGUUGCCUCAGGUCAUCGUCCAGGCAACCAAGUAUGAAGAUAUAGAGAUGAUAUCGACAUUAGGCUCAGAUUUCUGGGGUUCUCAGCUUCACAGCUCCUCAGAAAUGGUCAAACGUGAAGACCCGGGUCAGGGCCACAGCAGUUCGUCCUGUGAGAUCCAGCUGUCCACCGGGAAUAGUAAUGACCGUCUGUGGUACAUCAACCCCAUCUUCAUCAAGGAGUACUGCAGCAGCCUGGAGGCCUCCACCCUCGUCCCAGCUCCCAUCCACAGGAACCAGAGUCUGAACACCCCAGGCCCGGGGCAGGUGCAGGUACCCCCCAAGUUCAAACGCCCCCCACCCAGGCCCCCAAAUGUCCCAGAGGGCUUGAUUCUGUCACAGGGGGCUAAGCAGGGUGCCAGAGGGGAAAGUGUCUCCCCCAGGUCUCCACCCCCACCGCGAACAGUAAUAGCCAAGGCAGCAGGUCAGAAAGCAGAAGGAGACAGCAGCAAAGACACUGAGGAGGGAGAGGGAGCUGCUUCUCAACUCGUCUCGGAGAAAGAGGUGUCAGUUACUGUUACUGACUCAGUAGCAGCUACUCAGCCUCUACAGCCACUGUCAUCGCGCGGAGCAACAGCAGGACAGAAACACCCAGCACCCCGACCACCCCCACACAGGAUACCACUCGUACCCCUUCGGCGGAAACCCUCAGAGAACCGUCCCUCAAUCCCGGGACAGGAGGCCGGUGUUGGUCCAGUGCCUGUUGCUUCACUGGUCUGCAUCGAUGACACCACUAACAUGGCAGAGGAGAAGUUAGGAGUGGAAUCCCAUGCAUGUGAGACAGAGACACUGCAGAACAAAGGGACAUCAGGGGCUUCAAACAUCAGUGAGGUUGUUACCGUGGCUACAGCCCCGCUGACGAAGAGGGCCACACAUCCAGUCCCGCCUCCCAGGAAGAAGAAACCCUCUCAGUUCACGCCCACCAGACCUCUCUCCAGAAACAUGAUAAGCGGAGGACUUCUGUCAAUCAAUUCAUCAUCGGAUACCCACCAGAACUCUAGCACCCCCUCGCCUGCUUCGAGGCCGACCUCCUUCCCCGUAAGGGAGGCCAGGGGGACAGAUGUGUCCCUGUACUCCCCUGAUGGUGAAGCUGUCUUCCCUGCCCUGGAACAUGACUCCUACUCUACCAGCAGUACAGAGGAGGAGGCUGACACUGUGGCCAGCGGGGCUGUAGGGACCGGUGGGACCAACAACACCAAGGUGUCGAUGAAGAGGACCCCUACCAUCAUGCUGGACCGAGCCAAGCACCGCUUCUCCAGCGUGUUCACUAACUUCAUGAACACCGACCACAAGCUCCAGAAGAGAAUCCUAGAGCUGUCCAGGGAUGGGAGCUCCUACUUCGGCACCCUGGUGAAGGACUACAGAUUGUAUAUCCUGGAGACCAUGGGGAAGCACAGCUCCAGCACUGAGCUGCUGCAGGAGAUCAGGCAGAUGAUGACCCAGCUGAAGAGUUACCUCAUCCAGAGCACUGAGCUGCAGAACCUACUGGAGCCCAACAUCUACACAGAGGACAAACUAGAGGUGAUUAUUGAGGCUGCCAUGUGUAAGGCUAUGCUGAAGCCUCUGAGGGAGGCUGUGUAUUCAGGCCUGAAAGACAUCCACGCCAGGGACGGCUGUCUGAAGAGACUGAGGGUGAACCAGAGUGUCGUCCUGGGUACCACCACCACAGAACUGGGGAUCACCACCAGCGUCCCAGAGACCCCUGUCAUGGAGAAGAUCCAGCUGAAGUUGACGACCCUCCACCAGGAAUACUCCCCUCAGAAGAAGAUUGAUCUGCUCCUUAAGACCUGCAAGAUCAUCUAUGAAUCCAUGUCUAUAGGCUGUCCAGCAGGGAGAGCCCAUGGUGCAGAUGACUUCCUCCCGGUGCUGAUGUACGUCCUGGCCAGGAGCAACAUGGCCUUCCUGCUACUGGAUGUAGAGUAUAUGAUGGAGCUGAUGGACCCUGCACUGCAGCUAGGAGAGGGCUCCUACUACCUGACGACUACGUAUGGAGUGUUGGAGCACAUAAAGAACUAUGAGAAGCAGGUGGUGACACAGAAGCUCAGUCUGGAGAUCCAGAACUCUAUCCACCGCUGGGAGAAGAGACGGACCCUGAACAAAGCCAGCGUGUCACGUUCAUCUGUUCAGGGCUUCAUCAACGUGUCGUUCCUGGAGGCGGGGUGCAACACUAAGACCAUGAGGGUCUGCCCCAACACCACAGCCCAGGACCUGUGUGCCCAGUGUGCUGACAAGUUUGAGGUGGCAGAGCCAGAGUCCUACAGCCUGAGUGUGCUGGUGGAGGGCCACCACCAACUCCUGGCCCCUGAGGAGUUCCCCCUCACCAUCAAGUCCAGUCUCCACCACAGUCAGCCCCUCAAGGAGUACUACAUUGUUUACCGGCCUGGAAGGACAGAGUCAGAAGGACAGGAGUCAGAAGGACAGGAGUCAGAAGGACAGGAGUCAGAAGGACAGGAGUCAGAAUCCCAGGAGUCAGAAUCCCAGGAGUCAGAAUCCCAGGAGGCAGAAUCCCAGGAGGCAGAAUCCCAGGAGGCAGAAUCCCAGGAGGCAGAAGGACAGGAGGCAGAAGGACAGGAGGUGGAGAGCGAGCAGCCAGCUCCCGCAGCCGAGCCAGAGCCUGAGGAGGAGGAGAGUCUGAUCGAGAUAUGAUGAGAUCAGUGUGCGGGAGCGUGUGUGUGUGCGUGCGUACAUGCAUGUGUGGGACAAAGGAUCAAGGAGCUGCUCAAGUGAAUACAAUGGCUUCCGCCUCAAUCAUUAUAGCCAUUUUAAAUUAGAUAUUGGUUUUUGCCUUAUACACAACCAUAUAGACAAUGUUUAGGUCUGCCCUUGACAAUGUGGAUACAUUCUGAAAGACGAGAACCACCAUUAUCACCUCACCUUGAUCUUCAGGUCUGAAUAUCAAAUCACACAACAGGAGACUCAAGUUUACUUUAGCUUCCAUACAGAUGUGCUCUAUGUUUAUUUGAUCCGUUUCUCACAGCAGGACAAUAAUCCUGCAGCAACAGGAAAUGUGAAUUAUUAUGUGUAUUAUAAUCAAUGGAUAUUUUUGUAGGGGUUGACACAUUUUUCGUUAGGGAAAAUCAAGUCUAAAAUGUUUAGUGGAAAUUACAAACUUUAGAAGCCUUUGAAAAAUCGAAUACACUACAACUUUGCAUUUCCUGCUGUGCAGGAACAACAGAGUGAUCAAAUUAAGACAGUACAUCUGUAUGGCUUCUAUUGUAAGUCAUAUUGCUCAGUGAAGAAGAUCCACCACCGUCAACUCAUGUAGAACUGGUUCAUACUUCAGACUUUGAAUAUCAUACAGGGGAUCCACUCAAGUUCACUUCAGCUUUUAUAUUACUUCUAUGAUAACUAGCGCUGUGAGUCCUUCUUCCUCUUUCUGCAAGGUUGACCAAAGCUACAGAGAUAAAGAGGAUAUCGUCCUCCUCUAGUUUGAAAGGGCACAAUAGGCUGUAGAAUUAAACUGUAAUGGAUCUGGAUAAGGAGUCUCUGCUUGCAUCCCAAAUGGCACAUUAUUCCCUAUGUAGUGCACUACUUUCGACCAUGGCCCAUAGUCUGGUCAAAAGUAAUGCACUAUGUAGGGAAUAGGGUGUUAUUUGGGACACAGUCCAUGUAUCCUGUCCGGAUGGUGUUCGUUUUCAUAUUUAACAGAUUAUUUGCUUCUGCCACAGUUCAGAUUGACAAUCAGCUGUUCAUUGGUUUUGCUAAUUGAAUUUAGCAUGACAAUAUCCUUGCCAAUAAUUAUGUCACUGGGUUUAUAUGCUCAAGAAAGACUCUGCGACUCUCUGUACUGUACAUCCAUAUUUGCUGUGCUGGUUUGUAUACUCUUGUAGCUGUGCUGUGGCCACAUUACAUUGGUGUCCUGGAAGAACCAUUGAAGUCUCAUUCUGGAGGGGAUCUGCUACAAUGCCAUUCAUUUUAAGUUAAAAUCCAAGUCUACCAGGCACUGAUUGUGUACAGCAAUAUUAUACUGUAAUUACAUUAUAUAGCAUUAUGGCUUUGAUCGGUUUUUUUUCACAUUGAUGAGUUGGCUGUUUUGUUUUUAUAAGGUGAAAGUUGAAAUGGUUUAUGUGGAUGUAUCAAGAGAUGAAACCCAGUAAAACAUAGUUUUUUUUAUCAUUUCAUGAAUUCCAAUAUUUCCCAUUUUAAAUAUUUGGGAGUAAAUAUAUUUCCUUUCUUUGUUAAAACCAUUGCCAGAACUUUAACAGAACUCUAAAAUCAAUUCAAUCUGCCUCAGUAGAUGGAAUAAUAUCCCAGUUGCUUUAACAGGCAGAAUAUCUAUUGUCAAAAUGAAUAUAUUGCUAUGGCUGAAUUUCUAUAGUUCUAUGCUUUCCAUGUCUCCCCGUUCUGGAUAUUGGGAUACAGUUCAUAGUGAGGUUACGAAAUGUAUAGUAUAUGGCAAGGUAUGGCAAAAUUAGCAAACUUGCAAAGAGGGAAAGACGUAGGAGGACCCAAGUUUAAAUUGUAUUUCCAGGCACUAGCAUUUCGCCCCAUCCUGUUUGUUUAGAAAUGAUUCUUCUGCCCCCUGGCUGAGUACAGAAAUACAUAUUGCCCUGGAAGACGAAUUCUUCACUGAUAUAUCCCUUAAACCAGGGAUCAUCAACUAGAUUAAGCUGCGGACAGAUCUUUUUCUUUUUCUUGAGCGAUGGUCAGGGCAGAACAUAAUUAAAAAUCAUUUGUACACUGCAAAUUGACCGCAAGAAGCCCAAACAUAUCUAAUAUUUGACUAAAACAUAAUCAUUUCAAACCUUACUUACAUUUGCAUUAGUGCUGCGCUAUUAACCAAAAUGUCUGUUAUUUUUCGGCUUUUGAACAACUAAUUGACUGACAUCGGUUCAAUUAUUUGAAUUUGUUAGUUUUUUUCUUCUGUGAGCUCAAUGCACAGUUUCUCUAGAGAUAAAUCAGAUCCAGCCUGAACUCUGCGGUGUAGUAGGGAGUUGAAGUUUCCAACAGGCCAGUAUUGUCACAUCUUCUCCUGCUCUUCCCGUCUGGCAUACGACGUCGCCGACCAACGGUCCUGGGAUUCAUCAUUACGCGCACCUGUUAAUCAUUAUGAUUCACACCUGGACUUCAUUACCUUCAUAAUUUCCUCCCCUUUAUAUGUCACUCUCUUAUGUUCACUCACCAGUUGGUAUUAUUCUUGUGUACCGGUGUGUAGCCACAUGGAAUUGUCUCAUUCAUGGUUUUGUUGUUUUAUUAAACGUUUCACCUGCACCUGC